AUGAAAGGGUUUUACACUGAGGAAGAAUUGUUGAUGUUCAAUAAAACGGAACAGACCAUUGGCUUGAUCUUUGAGGGAGAUGCUGCCGCAUCUGUGAACGGCCAGGUGCCGAAGAAACUCGACUACAAGAUCAGGAUUCAAGGACAAUUUCAAACUGAGACACUAAUUGAUAUCCGAUCGAAAUGUCCAAAUCGGUAUAGUGAUAAGGUUGACGGUCCAUAUUUAUCGACUGGCUUCCUUGGAGUCCAAAUGGUCACUAACAAAGCAUUCAUUGAGCUCGCCCAAUCCCAAGAAGAGCAGAAACCACCUAAAAACAUCCACGACAAGAUUCUUCUACAAAAAAUGCCUUGCCCGCCAAAUUCUUACGACCAAAAUCCAAGGUCUAUGCUACCCUUUCUUUGCAUUUUCAGUUUCUUGAUCCUAUGUGUCACUGUAACGAAACGAAUUGUCGAGGAAAAACAAACUGGAGCUAAGGAACUCAUGACGCUGAUGGGCAUGGAAAAGUGGACUUUCUGGGUUGGUUGGUUCAUUGACGCUCUGCUCGUCAAAGCCUUGACCAUCGCCUUCAUCGUUUCUAUUUUGAAAACCCCAAUUGAAGGACAAGCCAAUUUGAUCGAGACGAGUCCAUCUCUUUUGUUCGUCAUGUUUUUCAUUUAUUGUGCCAGCGCCAUUGUCUUCCUCUUCGCCCUCAGCACGUUUUUCUCUGGCCCCGUCUUCGCAAUGAUUGUGAGUCUGUUGGUCUGGAUGUCGCCCUUUGCCGUAUCUUCUGAACGAUUGACAAACUCAGGAUUCUUCACCAAGUGUUUCUAUAUGUUAUUUCCUAAUAUGGGCCUGUACUUCAGCUUUGAUUCGGUUGUUCAACUCGAGGAAAACGGUGUUGGUGCCCAGUGGAGCAACUUUUACGCGUCUCAAUCAGCACAAGACGUGUCUAUUUUACAAGUGUUUAUCAUGUAUCUAAUUGACAUCGUCCUCUACUCCAUCAUUACCUGGUACGUCAGCGAAGUGAAUCCUGGCGAGUACGGCUACAAACAGCCGUAUCUGUUCUUUGCCACAAAGUCGUACUGGUUUGGAGGAACAAAUAAAUCAGAAAAUUUAACGAAGGUUUUACGUUUAGUCGAAGACCCUGACAUCCUGAGUAAAGAGAACUACGAACGGCCCCUGACCAAUAACAUGGCUGAUGAAAGGAUUGGAAUCUCCGUCAGGAACCUGACAAAAUCAUAUCCUGGCAAACUGGGCGGUCCACCUGUCAAGGCGGUGCGUGGCGUCUCACUGGACAUCUACAAGGGCGAAAUCACGGCCCUUCUCGGUCACAACGGCGCUGGAAAAACGACCACGAUGUCCAUUCUGACUGGAAUGAUUUCUCCUUCCGAUGGCUUGGUGCAGGUUCUGGGAUUCGAUCUGAAAAACAGCCACUCGCUUUUGAGAAAGUCCGUAGGGAUGUGUCCGCAGCACAACUUGCUCUUUGGAGAGCUCACAGUUAAACAACACCUCGUCUUCUUCGCCGUGUUGAAAGGAAAAUCAAUGAAGGACGCAGAGAUAGAAGCCAAAGAACUUUUGCGCACUUUUCGUUUGGAUUCUAAGAUGAACGCAUUAGUGUCGGAGCUGUCUGGGGGCAUGAAGAGGAAACUGCAGUUGGCCAUAGCCCUCGUCGGAGGAUCAAAGGUUGUGAUAUUGGACGAGCCCACUUCCGGCCUUGAUCCUGAAGCAAGGCGAGAGAUCUGGGACAUUCUGCUGCGUUUCAGGGAAAACAAAACCAUACUGUUGAGCACGCAUUUUAUGGAGGAAGCAGACGUGUUGGGUGACACAAUAGCGAUUAUGUCGCAUGGAAGGAUGGAGUGUUGCGGCUCGACCAUGUACUUGAAGAGACUCUUUGGAACUGGAUAUCGCCUGAACCUAUUGACGACGAAUAGCUGCGACCAAAACUCCCUUCAGAACGCAGUCAAAAAUGUUCUUCCGGAAGCAAUAGUUGAAAAGUCUUCGCAAGACACGACAGACUCGGCAAAUAGAGGUCCUAUUACAUUCACCCUGCCAACGGAAAAGGUGGACCAAUUCCCUAGGCUAUUCGACGUUCUUGAAACUUUAAAGGACGAUCUCGGAAUUUCCAGUAUUGGAGUCUCUAUCACAACCAUGAAAGAUGUGUUUUUGAAGGUUGGAGAUUUGUCAGCAAUAAAAUAUGACAACAAGAGUUUGAGUGAUUUUGACAUUACGGACAGAGGGAUGGAAACCCCGUUAAUUACCCAGACGAUCAAAUUAACUGGCAUUAGCCUCUUUUUCGAGCAAUUCCGAGCCCUCUUAGUGAAAAAAGUUAUCUUCUCCAAAAAGAACUGGUUUCUCUUGCUCCUUCAGGUUGAUGAGCUUCAAGAAAAAUUAAUUGAAAUUGGAACCAGUAGCCUCAGGGAUUACCUAUUAAACUACAUCGUUGCAGCGAACAUCACUUCUGUAAAUGAGGCCCUGCAAGUCACCGGCUUCUUCAGCUUUUCCUCUGCUCAUUCCGCACCAAUUUCUUUGAAUUUGAUGUCAAACGCUUUACUGAACUAUCACCUUCCAUCAGAAUACCAAAUCUCAACCGAAAACCAGCCAAUCCCACACAAAACAGAAUCAGAGGAAAGGGUUCUCGAAUCAAGGCAGUUACAGAUGAUGACCGGCUGUCCUGCGUAUCUGAUUUGGCUGAGUUAUUUUGUGAUUGACGCGUUGAUCACCUCGGUCGUGGCCAUUCUCGUCCUUGUUGUGGUAUACCUGGUUGACACGUUGCACAUUUUUACCUCCGGACCUGCACUGGAGAGCAAAUGUGAAAUGGUCCACGCGUGCUACCAACCUGCUUCGUACAUCUGGGGAGACAAAGAUUAUAAAGGAUUCAAUUGGCCUGUUAAAACUGGAGGAAUCGGCCAAGAACUUCUCUAUUUUUUAUUUGGAAUAGUCUUUUGGGGCACUAUAGUCCUCAUUCUCGAUUCCGGCGUCCUCAGUCGUAUUUUUGAAAAGGUUCUCACCAAGGUCGAACAAAUAAGACCAACAGUCGAGGCUGACAGCAAUCCAGAAGACGAAGACGUGCGCGAGGAGAGGGAACGAGUGGAAAACAAUUUCGAAAGUCCAAUUGGAGAUUCAGUCCUUGCUGUAAAAUCGCUACAAAAACGGUUCGGCUACCCUAUUGGGCAGAAAGGUCGCUUCCCAGCGGUGAAAGGCGUGAGUUUCAGGGUGGAGCGUGGCGAGUGUUUCGGCCUGCUCGGCGUCAACGGCGCUGGAAAGUCGACCACGUUCAAAAUGCUCACAGGGGCUGUUCCUCCCACCAAUGGCAAUGCUUUGCUCAGGCAAUUCACACUCAAGAGCGACCUACGCAAAUUUUUGUCAGGAAUCGGCUACUGUCCUCAAACCAACGCACAGCUUGGAGUCCUGACUGGCAGGGAAACUCUGCACUUGUUCGCUCGACUCCGCGGAAUGCCCAGGGACCAAAUUAAAGAAGUGGUGAACAAGUGGUUGGUGGCUCUCGGUUUGAUGGAGUACGCGAACAGACCGGCUGGGACCUACAGCGGAGGCAACCAGCGCAAAUUGAGCGCCGGAAUUGCCCUGAUUGGCGAGUCUCCAGUCGUGCUCCUCGACGAGCCGACAAGCGGCGUCGAUCCGGCUGCCCGGAGACAGCUUUGGCAGGUGCUGGCCUCGUGCCAAAAGGCCGGACAGUCGAUUGUCCUCACGUCCCACAGCAUGGACGAGUGUGAAGCUCUUUGCUCGAGACUUGCCAUCAUGGUCGCCGGAAAGCUGGUUUGUCUCGGGCCGAUCGGCCACCUGAAGAACAAAUUCGGACAGGGCUACACCCUGAUGGUGAAGGUCCAGAUGGCGGUCUCAAAUAACGACGACGAGGCAACGUCCCUUGCAGUCACGCAGCUGUCCAAUCUGAAGAACGACAUCCAGAUGAAAUUCGCACCGUGCGAAUUGAUCGACGAGCAUAUCGGUUUUCUGCACUACCAACUCAAGGGAACCGGAAGGAAGUGGGCUGAAAUGUUCAAGGAAAUGCAGAGUUUGAAGAGCAUGCACACCAUCUUGGAGGACUACACUUUGAGUGAGACAACUUUGGAGCAGUUGUUCCUGUCGUUUGCACAGCAGAGAGACCCAGUUAGUUGUUAG